AACUAAAUGUCACUAAAACAUUGAGGUUAUGUUUGUUAUUGAUUUAAUUCUGUGAUUGUUAAUUUUGGAAUCUUUAACGAAAUAACAUUGUAUAUCCAUCAGACAAUUCUCAAAACAGUUAAUAUGUCAGAUUUGGAGGAACCACCAAUGAAAGUAUCAAAGAUGGAUGUAGCACCAUCGUCCCUGGACUCGACCAUGGAGGGUCAGGAGGAGGGCCAGGAGGAGGGCCAGGAGGAAUGGCUGAGCGAGGGAGUCCUCACAGAUGAUGACUAUAUGGCGGCUAAUUCAAGUCAAGAGCAAGCGUCUGAUGCCAACACGACAGCCGAAUCUUCCCAGAAUCUGAAGACGGAACCACAGCAGGAGCCAAAUGACACCAACAUCACUAUGGAACAAAACAUUGAAGAAGAACUAGAAGGCAUGGAGAACACUAAGUUGAGUCCCAACACCAUAGCGGAACCAACAGAGGGUUUGGUGCAGAAAACCGAGGGUCAGCCGCUUGAAACUAUUCAGCAGAACAUUGAAGGGUCACUAAACGAUUUGGAAGACAUGGAGACUUCUGAAAAGCCCAGUCAAGAGCCAGCCAACGCUAUAAAGCCACAGAGCCAGGAACAGCAUGAAGAGCUCGAGACUGCCAUGCAGCAAGAUAUAGAAGACACAUUGAACAAUUUUGAAAGAGUUGAGACUGCUAAGGAUGCAUUCAACGAUCUGGUGAAGAAGGACCCCAAAGAGAGCGAACCCUCGCACUCGGAGCACAGCGAUGAUGGCCACAACACAGAUGAGCUGUUGCGCAUGCUGGGCGAAGACGACAGCAAGAAGAAGAAAGUGCUUUCAACAAUUCGUGAAAAGAAUGCGCGUCGCGUCGCCCGCUCUAGUGAAGAAGACUAUUUUCUCGAGGGGGCGAAAGUGACCAAAUUGAAAGUGGCCAAGAACGCCAUCAUACGGACACAGCCGAUGAAGGCCGAGCCCGAAGACUUCAGCGACAGGGACAGCGAUAUGUCCGACGACGAAGAAAGCACAGUGAAGAGAAUGUAUACUACCAAGCCCCGCCCGAACGCAGGACGAGCGUUGAAAUCGUCGUCAUUCACUAAAGUUAAGACUGAGAAACCUAAACCCACCCUAGUGAAGCAGUACACCAAUUCGAACAAGAAUAAAUCACUUCUCAAACAAAAAACGGAGCACCCGGAGAUCAUCAACGAAGAAGAAUUUUUGGAGGACGACGACUUUGACCUUGACGAGAAUGUCGGCGAAGAAUGGCGACCCGACGACGAGGACGUGACAACAUCGAAGUCGCAGCCGAUCCGUCGUCCCGAGCGGAUGGACGAGGAGAUACCGAGCGACGACGACAGCCACUCUGAGGACGACAGCUUGUAUGACGUGAUGCCAUCUUCAGAUUCAGAUGACAUGGACGAUUGGUUCACAUUGGACAUCCGCGCCGAGCGCGCGGGCGACUAUUUACCUUGGCUGGGUGACAAAGCGCACAAACUCCUAACCGAGGAGAAGCACCGCGUGUCGUCUCGCCUCGCCGCCCUGCGCCAGAGCGUGACAGCACUACAGAGCAGCGGCCGCGUCCAAAGCGACCAGAUCAAGGUCGCCACUGAGGCGCUGCACGAGCUCGAUGCUAUGUUAGCUGCCUCCUGAUUUAUGUGAGCCUGGUACUUCGAUAAUCUUCGAUCUCUUGUUAACUUAGAUUGGGUGACUUAAAUUGCUGUACUUUGUUCAAUAUGAUAUCAGCUGAUCAGCUGAAUUUUAUACUACUACAUUACUACUACUGAUGUCAAAGUCGCCACUGAGGCGCUGCACGAACUCGAUGCUAUGUUAGCUGCCGCUUGACUUAUGUCAGCCUAGUACUUCUUCAGUAUCAAACUCGAAAAUUUGGUUGUCUAAAGUAAUGAAAAUGUUUUCAUCAUUUGAUUUAAAUGUAUUAAACUGUGGAAGUCAAUUAUAAACUGAAAUAGAUAACAUACACUAAAGAAGAAGUGACCAAGUCCACUGGUGGCCGAGGUGGGAAUCGAACCCGCGUCUUCAGCUUACACGGCUAACGUCCCGACCACUAGACCACCCGGUGGCCGGACUUUUUGUUUAUUUCGAAAUUUCCAUUUAAAAUGACCCUGCUUCGAAAUUGGUUUAAUUUAUUAGUAGACUUUAAAUGAAAUCUUAGACAUAAAAUGUGGCUUUCCAUUACAGAAGGGAUGCAAUAUGGACGUUUUUAUCAUAAUUUCUGUUGAAAUUCUUCUCUCAUUGAAAGCCACAAAUUUUAUAUAAAAUAGGUACACUAUGUUGCGUCAAAUACUGCCAUCACACUAAUGGGUACAGGUUUCCUCAAAACAUGUACAAAACUAGUGUAAGUUUUAUAAAAUUAUAACCUAGUCUAAAAUAUAAUAAGGUGUAUUCGGGUAAUUACGAAUAUUUCAGAAUUUCAGGUAAUUUGGAUAAACGCGCAAAGCUUAACGCUAAUGGCGCUGUAAUCGUUUAAAAAUAUAUGUCUUUAGAUAUAUCAAAUAUAGUUGGUCAAACCAAAUUGGCAGUAAAUAAGAACAAAACAAACUAUACUCAUCCUUUUCUUUUGGUUGCUAGUACUAGUGUAAGACAAAGAUAGUAUGAUUCUCCCUGUCUAUGUUUGAAAUGAGACAGCUUAGUCCUUUGACAAACUAUACAAAAAAACAUAAACCACAGACUUAUUCUUAAGUGUUCGAAAUUACACAAUACCUAUUAGCUAGAUAAUCACUUCCAAAAAAACAUCUUGUAUGGACUAUACAGAAUGAUUUCUGGGUCGUGAUCCAGAAUCACUUUCUGACUGUAAAUGAUCCACAUUAUUAUAUGGUAAUAUUUGGAUUAAAAGAUAAUUAGUUUAAUAACAAAACUUCCGUGAGACACAGACAUAUUAAACAUAUUAAUAACGGGUCACUCACGUAUUUUAAGUCGUAAAACGCUCGACAUGUUUCACUCCGUACUCCGUGGGUUUUUAGACUUAUAAUACGUGAGUGGCCCGUUAUUAAUAUGUUUAUUAUAAUUAGUUUAAUUUUACUAUCUUAUACUAAGUAAUAAUAAUCAUGGUCACCCUAUAACUUUUGACAUACACUGUAUGAAAAGACACAAGACGUGACAUUGAGUAGGGUGACUAAAUUUUAAGCAAAAAUGUUUUUUUUUUCUACUUGUCAUAUGAAAAGUAAUCAUCAUUAUUGGUGAUAAUGUUAAACAAUAAUUAACAACAUCAUUUGAAUUUUUAAUUCUGUAUGAUGUCUUGUUCUCUUCCUCCACGACCCCGAAAUCGUCUGUAUUGCGGAAGAACUGAUAUUCUGAUAUGGAAUAUCUAAAUUUAAAUGUGUUACCAUCAAGAAAUAUAUGAGUGCACACAUCUUACUCAGGAAUAUGUCCCAAACUCUUAAGGGCCCUCCACACUCAUGCGCGAAUCACGGCGCGAAGCCGCGAACGCGAGUGUGGAGUCUAGUUCGCAUUCAGCGAAAUCGACUCCACAUUCGCGUUCGCGGCUUCGCGCCGUGAUUCUCGCAUGAGUGUGGAGGACCCUUUAGCUUUUGUGUGGGCGAAUCAAGAAAUAUGGGACAUACUUUUGAUUGAGUAAGUUGUCUGCACCUACACAUGUGACGUUUUCAACCAAAAGGUACCACAUUGUCGCUUGUCGAUAAGGUUGAUUUCAAAUUGAAAUAUGGAAAUAGCGCCUUAUUGACGACCGACAAUAAGUACCCUUUUGGUUGAGAAUGGCACACAUAUUAUUAAACUUGAAUAACUGUACAUCAACUUAUAAAUAAACACUAAAGGAUUUUAAAUAUUUGUCAGAUAUUAUAUGAUAUGACAAUUUAUUUUAAAACUUAUUAAACUUAAAAAUACUAAUAUAUAAUCCAAUCCAUCCUUUUCUUUUUUAUAACUGAUGUUAGGGAAGGUUACACUUAGUUUAAAGUUUGUUUAGUGAUAUUCCGCGUGUAAAAAGCAAUAAUUAUUUUCUAUGUUCCAAAUAAAAUGUAAUGAUUGUGUUAAAACGUCGAAGAAUUUAGGACAUCUUGGAAAGGAUAUAAAGGGAAAUAUAUUUCCCGCCUUUAUUUCAAAGUUAUUAGGGUGCAAUUUUGUAUACUUUUGACACGUUACGACUGUUGAUAAGAUUAGUAGUAGUUGGGGGUAAGAUUUGAUCAGAAUAUUAUAAAUUCUUUUGAAAAUGGGGGUUUUGCCGAGUUUCAAAUAUUUCUUGCGAAAACAACUCUGAACUCGCCAUAACAAAAAUGCCCCGUUUUUAUUAGUAUUUAUAAUGUAAAUGCGCAUGAGCUUGUAAUUUGAUCAGAACUUUUGUCUGUGUGUAGCUUGUUCGGUAGAUGUGCGCCUGUAUUGUGUAAGAUGAAAUGUUAUGGAUAAUUAUAUUUUUGAUUCCAUUCAA